AUAGAAACCACAUCAUCAUCACCACCGAUCUCUCCCAACCACCGUUUAUUCUUUGAUUCUUGAAUUCCUCGGAAGACAUACACUAAAGCAUAUGGACAUUGGACCAAGCUGAGUUGCUCCCCCAACACAAACAUACACCUUCUCGCUCUUCAUUAUUUCUUCACCUGAGACAGAUACCGUCGUUAUCAUCCAGCACUUCGACCAAGCUUUGUCGCCGAUCUGACACAAUCUACGAAAGAACGAAAAGAAGAUACACCUACUUCACGAGACAUAUAAUACUUGUAUCACCCAUCUCAGGACCAACGAUACCUCUACACAUCUAGACAGUCAAUCCAGCUCGCACUCCUCAGCUCCUCUCUGCCCGUCGUCGGCAUCUACAAUCCCUCGACGACGAGAGCAACAAGACGCAAGAUCAAGCUCUGGUGAAUCUCCAACUGCUCUGUGCUCUCCACGCCCCUCUAUAGAGGAGGACGAAAGGGGACACUGCAGUCAAUUCUCGAAUACUAGCCAGCUGGCUUUGGAGCGUGCUUAAGCACAGGCAACCGUCAAGAUGGCACAGAUGCGGUUUUCGAUAUCGAUUUCCCGCUUCGCACCGUUUAUUGGAUAUCAUCAUGUUCUCAUGAUACUGAUUGUGGUCGCAAUCAUACUUCUCUCGCUACUUCUCGCGGGCUGCUCGUCAUCAUCACCAGUCAUCCCGAACAUCUUCCUCAUCUCCCUCUUCUACACGCCCUACACGCCCACGCCGUCAACAGCACAGACAAAUUUUGGAGUCCACUCCCAAAUCGCGCAAAUCGUCGGAAGGGCGCAGCUCGAGGCGCGCGUAGGCUUCUUCGGCAUCUGCAUCAACCCCGAUGGUGGAGCGUGGCUCUGCAGCAACAAUGCGACGAGUCUGGCGAACCAGAUCAGCAUUGAUCAGGAUCCGUUGAAUUUGAUUUGGCUGGCGAGCCAGUUUAAGGAUAUGAUUGUGUUCCCCUACUUGAUAAUCAUCGCCAUCAUAUUCGCAUUCAUCUGCUUCAUCCUCCUAGCAACAUUCCCAGGCUGGCACACAGCUGAGAACGAAGACGGUUCCGAAGUCGACGUCAAGCCCUUUCCAUCGCGACCCGUAUCUCAAGUCUCGCUGGCAAUCAUCUUCAUCGGCUCGAUCUUCGUCUUAGUCUCGGUACUAUGGCAACACACGGCUUCCGUAGCCGCGAGUAUCAUAGCGCAGGACCUGGCGAACGGGAGCGUCAAGAGCGGGGUCGGGGUAACGGCUAUGGUGCUGGGUUGGUUUGGCUUCGCGUUAUUGAUUAUUGUGACGAUUGGACUGCUGGUUAUGAUACUGAGUAUCCAGGUACUGCAAGAUCUGUCGGACUGAUGAGGUGGACGGAAAGAAAGGGCAUCGUCAGCUUUUUUUUAUGUUCAUUCUUGUUCAGUCCGUCGCCUGGAGGAAACAUAAGGCCGAGGUUUUCUUUUCUCGGCCUUGGUUAUCUUUGACCGCAGACGGCAAAUUAUUCCAAUCUGUCGAAUCUUUAGCGUUGCAUAUGGGAUGGUAUGUUGAGUGAGUUAUACAUGCCAUUCUUGGGUUUGGGAAUCUUUGUAUAUACCUAUCCCUCUGAUUUUGGGGGAAGCAAAUUGUAGGGACAACGGAGGAGGGG